GAAGAGAUGCUUCCAGCUCCUGUGAACUGAGCGGGGCACUUGCUGUUUCACAGACACAGGACGAAGAAAGUGGACGACGCGCCAGUAAACAAAACAGACCACUUUCAUUCGACCCAAAGCAGCGCAACAUGGCUUCAAAGUGUCCCAAGUGUGACAAGACGGUGUAUUUCGCUGAAAAAGUAUCAUCACUGGGGAAGGACUGGCACAAGCUAUGCCUCAAGUGUGACCGCUGCAACAAGCUUCUGAAUGCCGGAGGCCAUGCUGAGCAUGAUGGAAGGCCCUACUGCCACAAACCAUGCUAUGCUGCCCUCUUUGGGCCAAAAGGUGUAAACAUUGGCGGAGCCGGCUCUUACGUGUAUGACACUCCAGUCAACAACAACCCUUCACCCACUACUGUGGAUUCAGCCCCUAAACCCGAGGAGAAGCGAGUCUAUGCACCCAAGGGACCAGCAAAAGCUGGCAGCAUCACCACUUUUUCCGGAGAGGCCAACCUGUGUCCCAGAUGCAACAAGAAGGUCUACUUUGCUGAGAAGGUGACGUCACUGGGGAAAGACUGGCAUCGACCCUGCCUGCGCUGUGAGAGGUGCAGCAAGACCCUGGCAGCUGGCAGCCACGCGGAGCAUGACGGCCAGCCUUACUGCCACAAGCCCUGCUACGCUGUCCUCUUUGGGCCCAAAGGGGUGAACACUGGUGGUGUGGGAAGCUACAUCUAUGAGAAGGAGCCCAGUGCAGUGACCCAGCCCUGAACCUCUGUCUCCCCAGCCUCAUCCCUCUCUACACAACACUUACCAUCAACCACAGUAUUAUUUGUAGCCCUUUUCUCUGCCCCUGCAUAAUCAGACCUGAGAAAACCAGCCCCCUACCCUGGAUCCUCUCCUGAUUCUCUGCCGUUCUCCUCCAUUCUGACCUUUUCCUACCAGUGUCAGACCAGAUUCACCACUAUGGGGAAUGAUUAAUUUAUUGGAGAUGCUGCCUAGGCAUGUGCUACAUACUGUACUCGCUCCAGGAGAGCACUAGACAACACUAUAGAUCACUACAGAAUUACACUAAAGCAUUGUACUGCAUGCAGUACUAGCAGCCCCACGUGAUUGCUGUGCACCACAAUGUGGAAGUCUUUCACUAAAAUGGUUUUGCAAUUUUUAACAAUUUUAUAUAUGUACAUGUACACAUGACAAGACAUUCAAAUAAAAUAUUAGCCUCUUAAACGUUGAUUUUGCAACCCUGUAACAGUGGAAUUGUGAGGAGAGUUUUUAGAGGAGGCAAAUAAACUAUUCAGAUGGAAAAUGGUCCCCAGGUUUGGAGGCUCAGAUGCAUUGUGGGUGUAGGUGCAGUGCGUUUUACGGCGAUGUCACAGAGGAAUUUCACCUUGGAGGCUGCUGUACACACAGGUGGUGCUCAGCAGCGCAUUGCCAAUAAAUCAGGCGGAUUUUCUCUCUUUCUUCUGCACCACAUUUACAGUUUGGCUGUGUGAUAGCAUUCCUGAUCAAGAUGAAUUCAAUUUAAGAAAUGUGAAAAGUAUUCUCUAAAGAUUGUUCCUCGUAGGGCAGUGGAUCCCUGAGGUUUCUGUUACAUCGGGAACAAGCAGCGUACACUCUUAAAAUAUUCUGUUCUCCACACUUCCAUCAGUCUAUCUUGAUAUAACAUACUUUUUUUACUUUUCUGAAUAUAUUAAACCCAUAGAGUUAGUAUCUGUGGGUGGCAACAAAGUUAUAUUGAUAGAUAACACAGUGGUGUGUCGGCCCAAAGGUUAUACACAGAUGUGUUUGAAGUGAUACAUUCUUAGAGGCAGGACGUGGGUGAAAUAUUGGCAAGAGGGGGCUGUGAUAAAUGGGUUUUACUUCUUGCUUGGGGACAGGGUGUAUUUAUUGCUUUAUUAAUUCAAGUCCUUUUUAAAUUUCAUUAGCUAAUGUACUACUACCCCUAUGGGACAUGAAGGAGGCGAAAAGAGGCAACAUAAGCUGUAUAAUUCUCUUAAGAUCAAGAAUUUUUUUAUUAUUAUUUUCUUGUCAAUAACCCUGCUGUUUUUUUCCUUGAAAUAAUGCAUUAUUUGAAGUAUUAUACUUUUUUUGCCACUAGCUUCUCGUUAGCUUAUAGAAACAAACCAGACACUGCAGACAAGUCAUUCUGUAAGAAUGUGCAUUCUAGUAUUGUAUGACUGUUACUGUGCUGAUGAUUAUUAUUAUUAUGUGUUGUCAUGUAUUCUAAAUGGUAGGGCUUUAGACACUGCAGGGCUCACUGUUUGUAGAAAGAAACGCUGCACUUCAGCCCUGCUGCAUCCGUCUUUUUAAUCCCUUGAAUAAAUAUUUCAGAAAUUGUUCAUCUGUGUUACUAUGAUUAUUCAUUGAUCGAUUCUGAACUCUGUUUUCUGUCCAUGACUUGCAAUAAACAAACACUACAUGAUGGA